GCUGUAUCCCGAUCCCUACCCUUGUCAGCCGCUAGCUUGCUGCGAGACUAAGUUAGUGACCGGACUCCUGGGCCCUCGCACAUUAUUAUCCUUUGCUGUUAAGGUAUUAUUAGGCAGGUAGUAGUAGAAGAUAGUGCUAGUAGACAGCGCAGACUCGCCGGCUUCAGAGAGUUUAUUGUUCUCGGACCACUCUCGGCUAUAGGGAUGUAACCAGUCGGUCUUGCUAGUGGCUAGAAGUUAGUGGUCACCGGCGAUGCUCUAGCCACGAUGUAACUAUAUAACCCCGACGACGGCCAGCGACAUGGAAGUCGAUGCCAUCGUGGAGUUGCAGUUGGCUCCAGCCAACUAUCACUCUACCUGCUGUUGCUGGGGCGUCUACUCCAUAGUUGAACAUUCACCUUCUCUCCAUAUUCUCUCUUUUCUUCUGCUUCUUCUGCUUCUUCUGCUUCUUCAACUACGUCACAAGAUCUAGUGCACCAGUCACGUGAUGGUGAUGCUUCGACGUCAACUUCAAUCAAGACGAAAAGAAGCGGAAGUAGAAGAAGACGACGACGACAGCUCAAGUUGCAUGGACGAUGAAUACUACCAUAUAAGACCCUGCUGGUACUCUCGCAGCCGUCGACGAUCUGUCUGUACCAGUAACUACCUAGCUAUCAAGGUGCGUUCCUCUGGCUAGCUCCCACCAGACACCUCCUUGUGACCUCCCAGAAGCCCAUGGCUAGGCAGAGAAACACCGCCCACGGGAUAAAGCGUUUGCUCUUUUACACUUAUUUAAUACUGACGGCUAACCCAUCUUGAUCUUCUCUGCAGUGUCAGCUAUCAGCUAUAGCUACAGAACAUGAGUUCGGCCAGUGGUGAUAUGCGAAGCUGUAUCCUAGCUACUCCGUGACGUCAAAAGCACCAACCAUGAACCGCUUCAUGCCCAUAAACACCAGCACUGGCCCGUCCAUCUACGAGACUCUGCGCCAAUACGACAACGACGGCAACUCUGAUGGCUCCGACGUCGAGAACCGCGCCGGCAUGGCGGUCGACGAAGAGAACCUGGUCGGACACCAGUACACCGACUACGAGCUGGAAGACGCCCUUGCGCAGGCCUCGGAUAGCCAGUCCAGACAGAGCAGUCCCUUUUCGCGUCGGUCAGCGCCUAGAAAUAAUGUAAAAGUAGCCUCGGCCUUUCAUGCUGGUGGUGCUCGCGCUGGUUCUCGUGCUGGUUCUCAUGCUGGCGCUGGUGUUGGUGCUGGUACUAGUAAUGCUGGGGGAGCAGAAGAUACUGAGGCUGACGAUGAAGUGCCCGCCUCGUUGCUGGUGGAAGGACAUGCGCUGCCGAGCUCCCCCUUGCCUCCUCCACCUAUGCAUCCGCUACGGUCGAGUGGGAUAGGCGAACAUUCGCUGCAUCUACGUGGACCAUCCACUACUUCCUUCCCCGACCAGGCCCGGAACAGAUGGGAGACCACAGCCCGGGGCAUACCUGAGCAGGAUGGCCCGCCUCGUGUCUGGGGAGUGAAGCAGAAUGCUGCCCUGCGUCUGGCUGAUCCCAGAGAGAAGGCCCUGUGGAGGUGGGCGAACGUCGAGAAUCUGGAUAACUUCUUGCAGGAAGUGUAUGAUUAUUUCCUUGGGAACGGCAUCUGGAGCAUCAUGCUAAGCAGAGCCCUCAACUUGAUAACCCUGGCGUUUGUAGUCGGGUUUACUACCUUUCUCUCCAGCUGCAUCGACUACAGAAGAGUGCCGCAUAGCAAAACCAUGUCCCAGAUUCUCAUACCCGGGUGCGUCCGCAAGAUGUCUGCCUUUUCUACCUUCUUGCUCUGGCUCUUCACCAUAUUCUGGAUCGGCAAGGUAUUCCAGUACGCCGUCGACUUCCGCCGUCUUCGACACAUGCAAGACUUCUAUCAGUACCUUCUCGGCAUCCCGGAUGCGGAUGUCCAAACAGUCUCCUGGCAGCAAGUCGUCAGCCGUCUCAUGGCACUCAGAGACUCCAACCCUUCCACCGCCGCCGCCGUGUCUCCCAAACACCGCAAGUUCCUAGGCAGCCAGUCCAAACAGCGCAUGGAUGCACACGACAUCGCCAACCGCCUCAUGAGACGGGAAAACUACCUCAUCGCCCUCUUCAACAAAGAUAUCCUCGACCUCACCUUACCAGUCCCCUUUCUCCGCAAACGCCAGCUCUUCUCCCGUACUCUAGAAUGGAACCUCAACCUCUGCGUGCUAGACUACGCAUUUAACCAGCAGGGCCAGCUCAGACCCCUUUUCCUCAAGGAUACCCACCGCAGAGCUCUGAGCGACGGCCUUCGACGCCGCUUCAUCCUCGCAGGAUUCAUGAACAUCUUCAUGGCCCCCUUUAUCGUCACUUACUUCCUCAUGCACUACUUCUUCCGCUACUUCAGCGAAUACCAGAAGAACCCGUCCCAGAUCGGGUCUCGACAGUACACCCCGCUCGCCGAGUGGAAGUUCCGCGAGUUCAACGAACUCUGGCAUCUCUUCGAACGCCGCACCAACAUGUCCCGUCUCGCUGCGGACGAGUAUAUCGCCCAAUUCCCCAAGGACAAAACAGUCCAGUUCGCUCGCUUUGUGGCCUUCAUAGCCAGCGCACUUGCCUCUGUCCUUGCACUCGCAACUAUCAUCGAUCCAGAGCUUUUUCUCGGAUUCGAAAUCACACACGAUAGAACGGCGCUGUUCUAUCUCGGUAUCUUUGGCUCCGUCUGGGCCGUAGCUCAGGGCGUCAUACCGGCGGAAAACCUGGUGUUCGAUCCCGAACUUGCCAUCCGCAGAGUCAUUGAAUAUACGCAUUACCAGCCUAGCCAUUGGCAAGGUAGGCUGCAUAGCGACGAGAUCAAAAAGGAAUUCUCGCUUCUCUACCAGAUGAAGCUGGUUAUCUUCCUCGAGGAAAUACUCAGCAUGAUCUUCACACCCUUUGUCCUCUGGUUCAGCCUGCCGAAGUGUAGUGAUCGCCUAAUUGACUUCUUCCGAGAAUUCACCGUCCAUGUCGACGGGCUAGGAUACGUUUGUUCCUUUGCUGUUUUCGACUUCAAGAAGGGCAACAAUGUCAUUCCACAGGGCCGCGAUGCUAGCGGUGCUACCAUGCCUGUCACGGGCGCCGCUGGCCCUAGUUCUGGCGGUGGUGCUCCUGUCGGACGGAACGACUAUUACUCUACCCAGGACGGCAAAAUGCUAGCAUCCUACUACGGCUUCCUAGACCAUUAUUCAACCAAUCCUACAGCUGGCGGGACACACGCGUACAUGAUGCAUCGACGGCAGAACCCGCAGUCCAAGAUGACUAGCGGAGAUACAGGCACGAACCCGUAUGACCGCGGGCCACAGCGCUCAAUCCAUCACAACCUGGGCAUGGCCAGCCUUCAGUCUCCUCACCACGACCCAGUCAUGACACGACCGAUCUCACCAUUAGCGUCAGUUCUCCUAGACUCUCACCACCAGCCGCCACCGCCCAUCUCAGGAUUCAGGAACGUACACCGUUUUCCAGGUCCCUCUCCGCGAACCAGACCUACUCGCCAGCUAAACGUCAUGAGAGGCGCCAUCCCAGAGCCCAUUGAGUCCCAGAUCCGGUCCCAGUCCCAGUCUCAGGUAGCGACUCCCCGCCUAACCGCCCGCGGAUCCAGCAAGACUGCCUCAAGCUCCAGGCUGGCAGUAGACGACAGCCACUUCGAGGAAUCAUGGCGUAUGAACCAGGCCGCCGAAGUCGAAGGUGAGGACAAGGAGGAAGACGAAGAAGAUAUCAACGAGGUUGUCGAGGGCGCCGGCGUGUUAGGUCUGAUCCAGCAGUUCCAGAUGACAGGAAACGAAGGCCGGAGGACAGUAGGAAUGUGAAGGAGUCUUGCCGCUCACUUGUGUAUAUUUUCAUUGCAUAUACGGCUUCCCAUGGAGUUGGAGUUGGAGUUGUCUGUCUUUCUAUCCGGUAUGUAGACUUCUAGAUGUUAGCAGUCAAGUCAAUAGCUAGUUAUACCCCCCGGCGUCCCAGGGGUUGGUCGGUCUCUUCAAGACAUCCACGAAACAGUAUCCGCACAAUACUCAUCUGACUUAUAUAUAUCCCUCUCCUGCCGUCUCUCCGGGCCAGCUCAUCAGUCUGAUAGUCAAUAAUACAGCAUUGAUAUCAAAUUCUCUUCAUAACGCUGGCCGUUCCAGCGCUCGAAUCCACUUUAGCGCAGCCACCAACGAGACUAACAGGGCUAUUUUUACGCUUAUUUCUUCUUCCUCCUGCAUGAAUCUCCAAUAUUUUUACUCUCCUGCUUCUCCACGACGCUCAGCGAGAGACCCAGCAGGCCGUCCAGGGUUGAAAUUGUUCGUGUGAUGAUGUAGGGAUUCUCUUCAUCCAGCCCAUCGUCC